UUCUAUAGUCCACACAUUCGACUAUAGAUUACAAAAAAAAUAUUUUAAGGAGUUUUGUUCAGCUUGACAACUCUAAAAUUUCUGAAAUUUUUUUAAGUGGAUGAAAGUGGCGCAAAAAUGACGAUCGUAGAUUUAAAGUCUCAUUUUCUAAUACAUGUUAUAUUGCUGACGUCCCAACUGUUUCCGGUUUCGUGUAGAUCUAUAGAUGAACUGAUUGUCUUGGCAUCCGAGUCGAGUGACUUCUAUCUCAAAGAUGUAGAGUCGGGGAUGGUCAUGCGUGAACUAGAUAUGGUAUUGACCAAAGAUCAAUACAAUGCCUUGUAUGAAUCCAGUUCUGCCAGCGGUGAGCAGAAGGUAAAGAGAUGGAAAAGAAAGGCUAUAAGGGACCAGGUUUACCGAUGGCCCAAGAAAGAGAUACCUUACGAAAUAGUUCCAAACAUAUUCAGCACCAGUGACUUGAGGGAGAUCAAUGCUGCCAUCGCAGAGUGGCAGAACUACACAUGUAUCAACUUUAGAAGGGCUACCAGAUCAGACAGUAACUACGUCAGAAUAGACAACGGGAACGGGUGUUCUUCCAACGUAGGAAUGGUUCAAGGGCCCCAGACCCUUCACCUAGCUCGCGCGUGUAGGUAUAAAGGUAUAAUUAUACAUGAGCUAGGACACGCCAGUGGUUUCUUUCACGAGCAGAACCGCCCCGACAGGGACAACCACGUGACUAUUCUUAAGCAGAACAUUCUGCAGAAUGCAUUAACGGAAUUCGUGAAGUACCCGGCCAAUGUUGUCAAUACAUACGGGGUACCUUACGACUACAGCAGCGUGAUGCACUACGGAGGGCGCGCCUUCUCCAAUAAUGAUGGACUUACCAUCCAGACAAAGGAUCCGAGGUACCAGAACGUCAUAGGAAACCGAGAAGGUCUAAGCUUCAACGACAUCAAGCUGGCCAACCUUAUGUACAAGUGCCACGACCGCUGCGGCAACAUCCAGUGCCCACAGCAAGGGUUCGUGGGGAAAGACUGCAGAUGUUGGUGCCCCGGAAGUCCUGUCCAGCUCUGCGCGAAAACUGGAACCGUGCAGACAACGCCCAAGCCUGUGACUCGAGCUACCUCUCCAGCCCCAACUUGCAGCGACAUGAACACCCGCUGUCAGAGCUGGGCAAAGGCCGGUUACUGCAAUAGAAUCUCUUACAUCAGCAUGUACUGCAGAGCCUCCUGUGGAAAUUGUCAGACCAGCACCAGACCAACGCCCGUCUGUAAGGACGCGAGCGACAAAUGUGCAGGCUACAAAAAGCAAGGCUAUUGUACCGCCGGCAUCUACAAGACUUAUGUGAGGUCCAUGUGCCCGUUAACCUGCAAAACAUGCGACAAACAGGCGAAGUCAAAACCUAGAUUUGAAUCGUAGAUGCCAUCGAUUCUAAUUUAAGGACCAAACUAGUCAGUUUGUUACAUUAGUUGAGAGCUUAUCUUAGCUUAAAAGUCAAUAAUGUAGAAAUCAAAAGAAAAUUGUAUUUGGAUCUUCUGAUUUUCUAAAAUUUGUAAAAAUAAAGUCAAAUAAUGUACACUGUAUGCAUUUUAUAUUUCAUUCCACCCUUUUGGUACUUAACAUGAUUUAAAAUUAUAGGUUAUGGGUGAAUUACAUUUGUAUAGAAACUAUCUGAUAUAAACUUGCCGCAUGUAAAUUAUGAGUGAGUCUGGUGUGAAUGUAUAUUUAUAUAUAUAUGUAUAUGUAUAUAUAUAUUUUUAUAAUUAUAAUUUUUUUUAUUGGUGUAAUGCACAAAUUGUAAGACAAAUUUCUUUAUGGAUAAUAAAGAUUAUUAUUAUUAUUGUUAUUAUUACAUAGCAAUAUG